GAUUUGCUAAUUGCUAGAAAGAAACAGACGAAAGAAACAGACACUAAGAAUCGUCCUAAACGAGAGAAUCAAUUUGUCGUCAUCGAACCCACCCAUUUCUCUCUUCUACCAAAUACUACUACAAAUAAAGCACCCUCCCUCCCUCCGAGAUCGCUAUUUCAAUUCUCCAUUUUUCUCUUUCCUCCAAAGCUUCAUUUCACUGAUUUUUUAGAGAGAGAAACCACUGAUUUUUAGAGAGAGAACACCACUGAUUUUUAGAGCUUUUUUGGCGCCAAGAAGAUGGCGAAUCCGCGGCGUCGUCAGCACAUCAACAAUGGCCGCCAGUUUCGCUUGUGUCUCCCUUCCUUGACCGCCAUUUUCGGAUUUUUCUUGCUCUGCUUUUUCCUUCUCUCUCUUAUCGCUCCGCGUCCUUCUCGCCUCCUUCAUCAUCGGGACGCCAGCAGCGCCUUUUCGUCUUCUGAAAAUGAUGCUUCGAUCGGAGUUUCAAUCUCUUCUGUUCCGGCCAGUGGAGGUAAAUCUAAGUAUGAUAUUUGGAAGUCGAAGGACUCGGAAUUCUUCAACGGUUGUAGCAAUGCCAGCAGCAAAUUCCUCAAAGCUGAUAUCGUCACACGUCGAAAUCGUUAUUUGAUGAUCGCAACAAGUGGAGGCUUGAACCAACAGAGAACAGGGAUAAUUGAUGCUGUUGUUGCAGCUCGCAUUCUAAAUGCCACCCUUAUUGUGCCGAAGUUGGAUCAGAGAUCUUAUUGGAAAGAUGCGAGUAAUUUUGAGGACAUCUUUGACAUUGAUCGGUUCAUGUCCUUCCUAUCAAAUGAUGUGAAUAUCCUGAAAGAACUCCCAAAUGGACCAAAAGUCACAACCAUGCGUGUUCCAAGAAAGUGCAAUGAAAGAUGUUAUGAAAAGCGAGUUUUACCUGUGAUAUUGAAAAGGCAUGCAGUCCGGCUUACCAAGUUUGAUUAUAGGCUUGCAAAUCGGCUGGAGACUGAUCUUCAAAAGCUAAGAUGCAGGGUUAAUUACCAUGCUUUGAAGUUCACUAGUCCAAUACUAGAAAUGGGUAAAUCGUUGAUACAGAGGAUGAGGGCCAUGAGUAAGCAUUACAUUGCUCUCCAUUUAAGAAAAAAGGCGUGUGGAUUUUUUUUCCGACACUUAUACGAUACCCGUGUCUAUAAAAAUGGUCAAGACACUCUUUUGACCGUAUCCCUGUAUCGGCCAUACUUUUGGAGUAGAGUGUCGGAUCCUCCGAUCCCUACUUGGAUACGACACCCGUAUCCAUGUCGAAGUAACAUAGGUGCGAGGUUUGAACCUGAUAUGCUUGCAUUCUCAGGAUGCUACUAUGGCGGAGGGGACAAGGAAAGAAAAGAACUGGGGGCUAUAAGGAAGAGGUGGAAAACCUUACAUGGAAGCAAUCCAGAUAAGGCAAGGAGGCAAGGGAGAUGCCCACUCACUCCAGAAGAAGUUGGGUUGAUGUUGAGGGCUUUAGGUUAUGGCAAAGAUGUUCAUAUAUAUGUUGCAUCUGGUGAAGUAUAUAGGGGAGAUGAAACUUUAGCUCCAUUGAAGUCACUCUUCCCCAAUUUCCAUUCCAAGGAUACAAUAGCCAGCAAAGAAGAGCUAGAAUCAUUUUCCGGAUUUUCUUCUCGCAUGGCAGCGCUUGAUUUCAUUGUUUGUGAUGAAAGUGAUGUCUUUGUCACCAACAACAACGGAAAUAUGGCAAAGAUGCUGGCAGGACGAAGGAGGUAUUUUGGUCAUAAGCCCACUAUUCGUCCCAAUGCUAAGAAACUAUAUAAGCUCUUUCUGAACAAAGGUAACAUGACUUGGGAAGAGUUUUCCUCCAAGGCCCAUUCUUAUCAGAGAGGGUUUAUGGGUUUGCCGAAUGAGGUAAGACCAGGUAGAGGUGAGUUCCAUGAGAAUCCAGCUGCAUGCAUCUGUGAAAAUUCCGAGGUUCGGGCAUUGAGAGAUGCAAAUCUUCGGAAAUAUGGGAUGGGGAAGGAUCCUGCCAGGAAAGAAGGAGAAGAGACCGACGAUCAUGACCAAUAUCAUGAUCCUGAUGAUUAUAUAGAUUGGGCAGAACCAGAUAGUGAUGGGGAGAUGCUUCUCCAAGAGAGACAGCCAGCGAAUGAGACCAUGUUGGAUUAUGAUGGAAUGUCAACAGAAGAACCUGAAUUAGAAGAUAUGCUAUCAGAUUAGACAAUUUUGCCCUUCGGAGAGAUCCCUCCUUGGCUUCUGGUAUAGCACAGAUGCUUGAGUCAUUGGGAAAUGAAGUUGUAAGGUCUAGCCUUCAUGUCAGAAUUUGUACAAAGUUAAAGCAAUCAUAAGAAGGCUCACAACUUUAAAAGGCUCAUUGAGGAUGUGCAAAUCGCUGCAAUAUGUCAGAUGCAGAAAUCCCUAUACAAAACUGGAGACAGUCUCCCUGGUACAAAUCUAAAACUGCCCUUCUUGAUGGGGUCCAAAUUAGAUACAGUUGCCUCUUAUCACAAGUUUAGAUAGAUUUGUCUUUGUAGUCGCAAAUUCGUCAACUUUUCUUUUUGGACUAAUUUUGUCCAUUCCGAUAACAUUGCCAUAUAUAGUUUUAAUCUAGUUUAGUUAUCAGAUAAACUACUUAGCAAACUUAACAAGCAUGUCAAUUGGCAUUUAAAAGUAAGAUGCCUUUUUGGCUGACAUGACUUAUCUUGAUAGAUAGUCCUCCUCAAUGAAGGCAUUUCUGGUUUUUGUCGACUA